GGUGCGCACAGACCAUCACAUGCCUUUUUCUUUGCGUGGCUCUCCCCCCAUCUCGUCUUCUCCGACCACCAACCACCACCACAGCCAAGCAUGACGAACACAACGGGUCUGCGUCGUGGCACGCGCUACAUGUUUGCCCGCCCCUUCCGCGGGCAUGGCGCUGUCGGUCUCAAGACAUACGGUGCCGUGUACAAGGUUGGCCAGUACGUUGACAUCAAGGGCAACGGUGCCUACUCUGUCGGCCUCCCCCACAAGUCGUACCACGGCAAGACUGGCCGCGUCUACAACGUUGGCAAGCGCGCCCUUGGUAUCGUCGUCAACAAGCGCAUCAAGAACCGCUACGUGCAGAAGAAGAUCAACGUGCGCAUCGAGCACGUCAAGCACUCCAAGUGCCGUGACGACUUCCUCCGCCGCCGCGCCAGCAACGACAAGCUCCGCGCCGAGGCCCGCGCCGCUGGAAAGCGCAUCAGCCUGAAGCGCAAGCCCGCUGGUCCCCGCCCUGCCCACUUUGUCAAGGACACUGGUGCUCAGGAGCUGAGGCCCCUUAAGUACGAGUUCCUUGCGUAAGCGACACGUUGCUCUUCGUUUUGUCAAUGGUGAUGAUGAUGAUGAUGUGGGAGAUGAAGCAAGUGUUCGCCGGAGUCAUGGAAGUGGAGAAGUGGUGCGCCUUGCAUGUGCUGUCCUGGCCUUCUUCUUCCUUCUUCCUUCCUGCGUGUGUGUGUGUGUGUGCACUUUGGUGCUUCCGUAUAUGUGCUCCGCACACAUCCGAGUACACACGAUGCUCUCAGGCACACGGUUUCUCUCGAAAGCUGGGUGGAGGUGGGAACAGCAAGAGAA